CAGGUGGCAGAAAUGUUCAAAAGGGAAGCAAGUUCUCUGCAGAAUCUGCUCAUCGGCGAUGGAAAUAACGCCGCUUGUUUCUUCAACAACUGGAUCGAAAUACUCCAUGGAAAAGUACUUUUUCUCGGGUCUUCGUCUGUUCUAUUGAAGUAGAAACUCGUCCAUCCGACUGGGUAGUGAUCGCGUCGACUGUCAAGCCUUCAAAGGGUGCCGAAAUGGAGUAUUUCCUGGACGCAAACGAUGGGCUAGCAUUAGCAGUUCUGCCCGGCAUAGACGAAUCUAACAAGAAUGAUUCAACAGAAGAAAAAGCAUCAACGAACCUAACAGAUUUGACUCUCUUGUGCCGAAUGUGCGCCAGACAGUGUGUGGAGAACCCUGACUUGGGCGCUGUUUUUCUAACUAAAGAAUUAGCCGAAAAACUCAAAGCCUUUUUGGAUAUCGAGAUUGAAGGUGACAGUGAGCACCUGCCAAAGCAGCUGUGCCAGGAGUGCAGCUUUGCCCUGGAGCGAUGGGCUGAAAUCCGUGAAAUGGUCAAACGUUCGAAGACCUUUUACCAAAACCAGCUGGAGCUCCGAGGUGUCGAGGUGGCCAAAACUCCGCUCAAGGUCCAGGAGGUGUCAUUGCACUGCGCCAAGUGCAACUCCCUGUUUUCGGACUUUGCCAGUCUCGUCGUCCACGAACUGACUCAUCUGCCCAAAAGCCCCAAGAAAAUGAGAAAAGAUUUAAUUAAUUCCUCCGACGAGUCUGCGGAAGACGACGAUGAUGUCGAUUACGAGCCGACGGUGUCCACUUCUUCAAUCAGUGGCUGUAAAAGACGCGUUUCAGCCAGAAACUCCACUGUGGCCAGACAGUCUUUGACAUGCGGACACUGUGAGAAAAAUUUUGACCAAGCUCAGGCUUUUUUUACCCAUCUCGGAAGUCUGUCGCCUUCUUUGACAGUGCCUUGCACUGUCUGCAAUUGCAAGUUUAACUUGGCAGACCAAUUGGUUGAGCACACAAAGCAGCACCAAAGAACAGGUCGACAAGUAGAGGUUUUUCCCUGUGGUAGCUGCUCUGUUGGUCCGUUUGCCUCAAAAUCCGCUCUUCAGCAGCACUCAGAGAAAUGGCACCGACAGGCCAAACUGCCAAAAUCAGCAUUUCCCUGCGGCCUGUGCAGUUUGGGUUUUGAUGAGUUUGUCGACUACUCUAAACACGUCCAGACACACGUCAACUUUCGACACUUCCCCUGCGCCUUGUGCGGCUGCAAAUUCACCAAAGUGCCUUACCUGCUGGACCACAUCAAGCAGCACUCGGCCGGCGACAGCAGACAGAUCACUUUCAUGUGCGAGAUCUGUCCAGAUCAACAGGUCUUCAGCAGCAAACACAAUCUGGCCUCGCACAUGACCAAGAAGCACAGAAUGCCUGCAAAAGUCCGACCACCGCCGAAGACCUUUGAACCUUCCAACUUCUUUCCCUUCGGCCAGGAGAGUGCUGGAGAUCUUGAGCUGGAGUGUGGCCUCUGCAGUGAAGUCCUCAAUUCGUGUCAGAUGCUGUCCGAGCAUGUCGAGCGCCAGCACAAAAAGUUCAAACACAUUGUGUGCAAAAAGUGCCAGUGCAAGUUCACCAAGCUGCCCUACUACUUGGAACACGUUGCAGAGCAUGUGGCGCACCCCGACAAGGUGAUGGCCAUCGGCUGUGAGGCGUGUGAUGAGAUUUUCAGUAGCAAGCACAAUUUGUCCAAGCAUAUUUACAAAAAGCAUCGCAACACCUACGCCAAGCUGAGCGCACAGAGACACAAUAAUGAUGAUCAAAAUCAGGCAGUGAAAGAGGUUGCCGCUUCAGACGAGGAGCCCAAAUUUGAGGUGGAACGGAAUCCAAAGACCCGACUUUUCCACUGCAAAAACUGCCCGGAAACGUUUAAAAGCGCAACUUUACUCAACACACACUUUUUGGAGCACGUCCCUAACAAGUGUCCAACAUGCCACGGCCUGUUUGAGACGCGCGAGCAGCUCAAGGAACAUUUGACCCAAAAGUGCCGGCAGGAGGAGAAGUUCCCGUGUCCAAUCUGCGGCAAACUUUUGGCCACCAAACAAAGCAUGCGGAUUCACACCUCGCUUCACUCCAGCGAGCGGAAAUUUGUGUGCGAGGUUUGCGCCAAGACAUACCGGACACAGUCAGCUCUUGUCAGCCACCGCAAUGUGGUGCACUUGCAGAAGUCACAGUUCAUGUGCCACAUUUGUGCAAGGACUUUUUCUUUCAAACUGGCCAUGAAACGACAUGUGAUGCUGCACAUGGGUGACCUCCCGCACAAAUGCAUGGCCUGCGAUAAGGCCUUUGUCACGGCCAACCUGCUAAAAAUUCAUGUGGCCAAAGAGCAUGAAAGGCGCGUUCAGCACUUCUGCACCAGCUGCAAAAAAGGCUUUGUUGACAUCAUUGGCCUGCGUCGCCACAUGCGGGCCGUGUGUAAAGUUCCAGAGCAUGCCAUUCCCUACAUUAGGGACCGUCAGUUUGUAAAACACUCGAUGCACCAAUGACAAUAUUAAAAGUACUGAAUAAAAAAUUUAAAAACA